CGGCCGGCGGCGGCCGCGGCGACGGCGAGCUGUUCCAGGAGUACCGGCGCAGCCGGCACCGGUUCCAGGAGCAAAUGUCUGAGUACGACCAGCGGCGAGCCCAGUAUCUGCAACAGCUGGCGGCCGACAACAGGCUCAGCGAGGACGGCUACCGGCAGGCAGCUCAGAGCCCCGCGCACGCGGCGUACGGCCAGCUGAACGGGUCUCCUGGUCCAGGCCCUGGCCACCCGCCGGCAGCACCGAUCUCCGCUCCUCCCCUGCGCCACGCGCUGCCUGUGCCAGCUAACGGGCUCUAUCAGGCGGUCGAAGUGAACAGGGGGAUGAGUCCGGGCCUGGGACAGCCGCGGCCACCCCCUUCACACAUUCCCAGCCACACAAUACUCAGCGAGCUGCCACCCGACCCGGUCGGGCUACAGGGCGGCCUCUACGACGUCAAUAAGACGGAGAGCGGCGGCGGCGGCCGGCCCCGCUUUAUCCCAGUGACGUCACUGGAAGACGUGCAGGCCAUCCGGUGCGCCGAGUUUCACCCGUACGGCAAGCUGUACGCCGUGGGCUCCAACUCCAAGACGCUGCGCAUCUGCUCCUACCCGAAGCUGACCGACCUCAGAGAUGACCACGUCACCUACCAGCCGACCGUGCUGUUCAAGCGCACCAAGCACCACAAGGGCUCCAUCUACUGCCUGGCCUGGAGUCCCGUGGGGGACCUCAUCGCUACUGGCAGCAACGACAAGACCAUCAAGCUGAUGCGCUUCAACGCCGAGACGUGCAAUAUCGAGGGUCAGGAGAUCGACCUGACGAUGCACGACGGCACAGUGCGAGACCUGUGCUUCAUCGAGGACAUGUCCAACAAGUCGAGCCUACUCAUCAGCGGCGGCGCCGGCGACUGCAAGAUCUACGUCACCGACUGCGUCACCGGCACACCGUUCCAGGCGCUUAGCGGUCACUCGGGGCACAUCCUGUCGCUGUACACGUGGGGCGGCGCUAUGUUCGUCUCGGGCAGCCAGGACCGGACGGUGCGCUUCUGGGACCUGCGCUCGCGUGGCUGCGUCAACAUGUUCCAUCCUCCGAGCGUGCACGCCGGCUCCAAGGGCUCGGCCGUGGCCUCUGUGGCGGUGGACCCGUCUGGACGGCUGCUCGUCUCUGGUCACGAGGACGCCUCGUGCAACCUGUACGACAUCCGCGGCGCGCGCAACAUCCAGAGCUUCAAGCCGCACGAGUCAGACAUCAGGAGCGUGCGCUUCUCGCCCAGCGCGUACUACCUGCUGACAGGCGGCUACGACAACCGCACCGUGCUCACCGAUCUGCAGGGUGACCUGACUACGCCACUGCCAUCCGUGAUCGUGGCUGAGCACCAGGACAAGGUCAUCACCGGCCGCUGGCACCCCAAUGAGUUCAGCUUCCUCUCGACGGGCGCCGACAAGACGUGCACGCUCUGGGCGCUGCCGCCGCUCUGAGCGCCGCUGCCGACGCUCUGAGCGCCGCUGCCGCCGCGUUGUUAACGCGUGCGCCGCCGACUUCGGCGCGUUAUUGGCGCAUGCGCCGCUGGCGAGGCGUGAUUGGCGGACGAGGCGUCGCUAACGUGAUGCCGGCUCCGGCGAGCCGGCGACUAACCGUGACUUCUGCGUGAAAUGUAGAGCGUGCGCCCGUGUCGCGCGGCUGUCGUGCCGCGGGCGUGAGAGGCGACGGCGUGCGGCGUGAGUGGGAUAAUCCGUGAGAGCUUUACUGGCGUGCGCGUUAUGUUUUAGUCAGAUGUUCAGCAUAAAUCCAGUCAUCACAGCGGCGGUCGGCAGGCGAGCCGGCCGGCCAUCCCCGAAUCUUCGAGAUAUUCCACGUUCUGUUGUGCCGACAGCGCUUGGUAGAAGACGUGGGGGUUAUUUUUCUAUGAUUGUGGGCCGGCGUUCCGUGAUUUGUUGCUGGCACCGACCCUGCCUUUGACGACUGUUAAUUCCACCGGCUUGCUUUUCACAUGCUGCUGGGCGGGCGUCCAGCCAAAUAAACCCUGUGUAAACCCGAA